GAUGAUGAUCUUGAGAACAAGCUGCAGAUACAAAGAUCUAAUCAUAGUCUCUUUCACAUUGAAUUACUACUAAUGAUAAUCAAAUCAUUAGCAAAUGAAUGAAAAAAUCAAAAUAAUAUAAUUGUGCAGUCCACAAAUCCAACCAAAAAGAAAAAAAAAAAAAAAUCUUUACGAAUCUAUAGAGGGCGGGGAAUAAAAAGUAACCUGAGAGCAGUAAAGCUCAUCGCGCAGUGAUGCAGAUUUGAAAUUAACAACAGUAAACAUAGAAAGGGGGAAGUGAAGAACCCUAAUCCCCAAUCCAAAUAAAUGUCUCAUUCACCGGACAAAACCCCAAGUCCUAACCCUAACCUCAGUCCAAGAUCACCUGCAUCUUCAAAACGGAGUAAAGCUUUAAGCUCACCGGACUUAUGGUUCAAAGUCCAAUCGCCAAAGAAUGCAGCUUUGAAGAUGCACAUCAAAUCCCUCUCUGCUAUCUCAUCAGCUUCCCCUCCCUCUGACACUGACUUUUCACUAUUAACUGGAUUUCAAUCUUCGGCACUGGACCCUUCAGUUCCCGAUUACACCUUACUCCUCUCCGACGAGCUCCUCCUCCAAAUUUUCUCUAGGCUUCCUCUAUCCCAUUAUGUAUCUAAUUCUCUUGUCUGCAAGCGCUGGUUGUAUCUUCAUGGCCGCUUGGUGCAAUCCCUAAAGCUUACAGACUGGUCCUUUCUUAAUUCGGGUCGGAUAUUUUUCCGCUUUCCCAACCUCACUGAGAUUGACAUCGUUAAAGCUUGUAUUAGAACCCCAAGAAACUCCGGUAUUUUGUUGACUCACAAGAAUUUGUCGGUUCAUAUUGAUACGCAAUUCUCGCGCACGGAGUUUAUCGAACAGAAUGAUCUCUUACCAUACGAUUUCCUUGAUAGUGGACUUCAAAUGAUUGCUAAACGGUACCCUAAUUUGAGGAGAAUUUCUGCAUUUGGCGCCAGCGAAACUGGGCUGUUGAGUAUUUCAAAUGAGUGCGAGAUGUUGCAAGAACUGGAGUUGCACUGCUGUGGAGAUUUAUCGUUGAAGGGCAUUUCGCAGUGUAGGAAUUUGCAGGUAGUGAAAUUGAUUGGUUCUGUUGAUGGGUUUUAUACUUCGGUGGUGUCUGACAUUGGAUUAACGUUAUUAGCGCAAGGGUGUAGGCGUUUAGUGAAGCUUGAGCUGUGUGGAUGUGAAGGAAGCUAUGAUGGGAUUAAAGCUAUAGGACAAUGUUGUCAAAUGCUUGAGGAGUUUACUCUCUUUGAUCAUAGGAUGGAUGGCGGUUGGUUGGCUGCACUGUCAUUUUGUAGCAAUUUGAAGACUUUGAGGCUGCAGUCCUGCAAGAUCAUUGAUUCAAGUCCAGGUCCUGACGAGCAUUUGGGAUCAUGUCCUACUCUUGAAGAGCUGCAUUUACAACAGUGUCUGAUGCGGGAUAAGCCAGGAGUGAAGGCGCUAUUUUUAGUUUGCGAGGCUGUUAGGGAGAUUGUUUUGCAGAACUGCUGGGGAUUGGACGAUGAGGAGGGUGAAGCUUCUGGCGCUAGAAGGAUGUGCAUCGCUGACAACAGGAGGUCUGGAGGCAGUUGUUCUUGAUUGGAAGGACCUUCAAAAAUUAAGAGUAAUAUCAAGCAACAAGAUCAAGGACAGUGAAGUGAGUCCAGCCCUGGCAUCUCUGUUCUCUGUUCUCAAAGAACUAAAAUGGCGACCAGACACCAGGUCUAUCCUGUCCUCAAGUCUUGCUGGAACUGGACUAGGAAAUAAAGGUGGUAGAUUUUUCAAGGGAUUGAAGGGUUGAAUGGGGCUCUUGAAGAUUCUCCAGCAUCUGGGGUUCAUUUUGGUGAACAUUAAUGAUUUACAAGGCAGCUGCAAAAUGUUUGAGCUAUACAGAUGUUCUUUACAUAUUCCCUUUGAUUAUUUUAUCCAAUUUAGAUGCUUAGCAGUCAUGCAGAAAAAGAAUUGAUAAAGCUUUCCAUAAAGAGCCUGGUAAUUCAUUUAGCGAGUAAUCCGAGUUGGUAGGAAAAGUAGAAUUGUAAAUCUCCUCUUAUUAUUUCAUGAAUUAUAGAUUUCCCUCAUUAAUGCGCACUGUGCAGGUUCCUAGUAUCUGUUUUUGUACCUUAUCCAUCAGAAGUGAGCAGUCUUAUUAGAAGCAAGCACAAUGGAGAAUAUUGAUUGGAUAUAUGAAUCGAUAAAUUGUAAAAUUUUAAAGGCCUGCAAUUAAAUGGAACAAAUAAUUGCUUUCUUUC